AUGGCAUGCAAAUGCUGUGUGUUUGGACUAAGACCAUUCAUCCCAUUUUUGACGAUAAAAACCCCAGUAUACAUGCAAGAAGAGAAGCAAGAAGAGAAGCAUCCAAUAGCUUUAAAACAUUUAGAGAUUAAAGCGAUAGUAAGAAAUUCUUUGUGCAACAUCGAGCUAUUCCAAAUUUAUAAGAACGUUGAAAAUGACCCUAUUGAGUGUGAAUAUGUAUUCCCUGUAGAAAACGACACCGUCGUUACAGGCAUGAGAAUCCAUCUCUCAGACGGAACUAUUUUAGAAGCUGCAAUCGAAGAGGAAACCAAAGCUACCGAGAUGUAUCAAGAUGCAAUAUCUGAAGGAAACACUGCAGUUAUGGCAAAAUCAAACACUCCAGACAGAAUGGUUGUUAACGUUGGGAACGUAGCGCCAGGCGCUGAAAUCAGAAUUGAGUUUAAAUUUACUGCUCCUGUGGCUUCAGAGCUUGAUUUUUGGAGACUCUAUAUUCCUGCAAGCUUGACUCCUAAACCGCAAGCUCUUAAUAAUAUAGAUCAAGAAGAAGCCCAACAAGUGGCACAAUUUCCAAUUGUGAGAGCAAGAAAUUGCACAUAUCGUAUUGGGAUGAGUAUAGAUAUUUAUGCUGAUACACCUAUUUCAGAUUACUCCUCCAAGAAUUAUCCAUUCGACUGAACAUUGUCUGAUAAUGCUUUGCAUCUUAAUGGCAGAUUUAAAGACGGUUAUGAUUAUGUGCCUGAUAGUGGCAUUGAAAUAUUAUAUAAAACCGCAGAUUCUAAUGUCCCAUUAUGCACUAUACAAGAAAGAAAUGGAGAAUAUGCUGCUAUGCUGAGCUUCCUACCUAUGUAUACAAAUUGCCCGAGGAUGGCGCUGUUUUGCGCCAUCCUCUGGCAAUCUAAAAAAUGGCUCAACAGGGGAAUUGAACCCACAUGUGGAGCCAUUUUUGGUACGUGGAAGUCAAGAUUCUCCACAUGCCAAAAAAUGCUCCACACAUGGGUUCAAUUCCCGUGUGGAGCCAUUUUUUGAAUUUGCCUGAGGAUGGCGCAAAAUAGCGCCAUCCUCGGGCAAUUUGUAUAUCCCAGAUGUAAAUGAAGAAAUUGAAGAUUUGCAGAAUCAAAGCGGAGAAUUUAUAUUUUUAAUUGAUAGAAGUGGCUCAAUGAAAGGAGAAAGAAUCGCUCUCGCAAAGCAAGCCGCUAUUUUAUUCUUAAAAAGUCUUCCCCCUAGGUCUUGCUUUAAUAUAGUCAGCUUUGGAUCAAAAUUUGAAUUUUUAAAUCACGAGCCAAUUUAUUACAACUCAAAAAAUGUUGAAAAAGUGAUAGCUAAAAUUACAGCUUUCGACGCAAGUAUGGGAGGAACGAAUAUUUAUGAUCCUUUAUUCGAAAUAUUUAGCAAGGAGCCAAGAAAAGAUUUUCCAAGGUCUAUAUUUUUACUGACAGAUGGUGAAGUUAGUUCUGCAGAUGCAGUUGUUAAUUUGAUAAAUCAGUACUCAAAUAGUACUGUAUUGCAUUCUAUUGGCAUAGGGAGUGCAGUGUCUACUUACUUGAUCAAAGAAUCUGCUCGAGCUGGUGGAGGGAUUUAUUCAUUUGUAUCAACAUUAGAUGAAUUAUCUAAAAAGGUAAUAAACGCGCUUGAAAAAUGCUUAAUGCCUGUAUUAAAUGACUGAAAGUUAGAUUGGGAAGUUGGCACUGCUCCAAAUAUAAGAAACACUAAAAGAAUUUAUUACGGUGAUAGAUUUAGUUUAUACGCUCAUUUGGGUCAGAGUGUCCCUAAUUCAAUUCCAAAGCUUCAAUUCUAUGAUUCUAAAAUAAAAAGUGAGAGAGAAUUUACUAUCCCAGUUGAUAGUACUCACAUAACCCCUGGAGAUGAAAUUUUCAAACUAUGGGCUUAUAAUAGAAUUUCUGAAUUAGAUAAAAGUGAUCUGGAGAUAAAUGUAAAAAAUAGCCAAAUAGUGAGGCUUUCUAAAGAAUAUGGAAUUCCUUCAAAUCUUACAUCUUAUAUUUGCAUACAAAGAAACAAUGAAGCUGUUAUUGGAGAUAUGCAGCUGAGACGGGUUCCGGUGUUAAGGCCUAAAGAUAUGAUUGAACUUGCACCAAAAAAAUAUAUAACCAAAAAUGUGCCGAAAUAUAGAUGUGCACGACUAGAUACAGGAUUGAACAACGCUUUUUGUUCAGAAAAAUCAAAAGGAUCUAUUUCAUCAAAACCAACAUCAGCAUUAUUUGGCGCGCCUCAAGUUAAAUAUGAAACAAUGCUACAAAGUAAAUCAAAAACCCUGACUAAAGCGAAAGUUGCCAGCUUUAAUAAUUUUCAAGAAGAAGACAAGCAAGAAGAAGGCUGCUCAUCAGAUUUUAUAUCAGCUGACUCAGGGAUUUAUAUUUCAAUAAUAAAGCUUCAAUCAACUGAAGGGUUCUGGAGCUUUGAGAAACUGGCUCAGCUAUUAAACGCAAACAAUGAAAUUCCUCAAGAAUUCUCUCAGAUGCCAGAAAAAGAAAAGAUCUGGGGGACAUUGAUAGCUUUAGCCUACUUAAGAAAAAAUUGUGCAGAUAAGAAAGAUGAAUGGAAACUUGUAGAGAGAAAAUCAAUAAGGUGGCUUAAAUCAUUAGCAAUCCCUAUUGAAGAUUCAAUUGAAAAGGCGAUAGUAUUAUUAAAUUAA